AAUAGAUAAAAAGCGAAGCUAGAGAAAGCAAAGACAGAAGAAGAGAGAAGAGGGAAGAGAGAAGAGAUUCGCUCAUACGUCUCUUUCUCUCUCUUCCUUCUUUGCUUCGCCUUCUCAGCAAAGAAGGGAAGAGAACACAGACGAGGAUUUAGCUAACUUGUGCGCAUCUCAAUCCUCUUUUCCCGUAUUAUAUAUACACAGGAAUUUGAUUUUGAAUCGGUGGCCAAUUUGUUGAAUUGGGGAGACGAUAGAAGCAAAUAUGCUGGUCGCCAAUAGUUUUGACUUAUGGCAGAAGGACAUCUUCUUCUCCGCUGCCGAGGAGGUUCAGAAAUCUGCUGAUAUAAUGGAAUCAGCUUAUAGGACCUGGCUAAGAGAGAGGAGAGAAGGGGUAGCACCUCAGUUUUUAGAUGAGCUCCGGGGAGAGCUUCAGAUGGCUUUAGGCACAGCAAAAUGGCAGCUGGAUGAGUUUGAGAAGGCGGUUAGGCUGAGCUACAAAAAUCGUGCUGACGAGGUUACGAUGACCAGGCAUAGAGACUUUGUUUCUGCAAUGGAAGCUCAAAUUUCCCGUGUUGAAGCAGCCUUACGAGAAUCCUACAACAUUGAAGGGAAGGAACAUCUUCCAUGGGUGAGAUUGGAUGAAAAUGAAUGUGAUGAUUUAGCACAGUUUCUUUCUGGAUCCUCACAAACUAUGAAGGAUGAGCAUCCCAAGGUCCUUUGUACUACGGAAUCUCUUUUGGAGGAUCAUAAAACAACAAAUGAUUUUGAUCUAAAUGCUGAAGCGGCCAAGAGAAAUCUUUUGAAUCAAGAUGCUAUCACAUGUAACAUGGCAGCUCAUUUCACCAGAGAGCAAGAAAUUAUUGAAAUUUCUCAAUCCAGGAAUGAUAAAAACUAUGAAGCUGAUAGACUACUUAGUUCUGAGAAUGCAGUUAAUAACAGUGCAUUGGAGAUUGUGAUUGAUAAUGGAUAUGGACAAAUGGCUACAUCUAUGUCAACUGAGAUCACACCCAAAGAAAAGGGCUUUAAACCUUCCUUUUGGAGGCCACGAUGUGAAGAUCAUCGUCAAGCAAAGGGAGGAAUGCUCAGAGAUGCCCCGUUGAUGAGAUUAAAUUGGAUAAAUCAGCUUUUGGGACAGCUUACUGGUUACAGACAAGUACAGGCCCCAUUGACAUUGCGAUCCAACCGUUCGAUUCGAUUGAUGCUUAUUUUGAUGCUGACCAUUUUCCUAGUGGUGCCUUUCUUACUUUGUUCAGCUUAGGUGGAAGUUGAAUUCUGUUCUCACCCAAGCUAGAGUAGAAGACAGGCAGUGGAGCUAUGCUUCUGGUUUUGAGUAUCUUAGGAAUUAAAGGUCAGGAUUUUUCUUCUUUUGUAUGGGGAGUGCCCUACACAUACUUUUCAUAUAAAACGCAAAGUGCCUAUUAUUAUUUUCAGAAGUUGGAGUUGAAGACAAAUAUUUUACGUGGAAUAGCAUUGUAAUGGGUAGGUCAAUGUUAAGAGGUCUCGAGUUCAAUCUUAAAAAAAAAAAAAAAGGAAUUGUAAAGCCAUCAUAGAAUAUGAAUCAUGGCAAGUUAAAGAUUAGGACUCUAAUGACUUCCAUGACUUUGCGUGCUUGUUAUUUGUGCUGUGGCUUGUUGAGUAAGCCUGUACCUAUAGCAGGGCUGUGUAACUGUGUUUCGUUGUCUCCAGUAAAUAAAAUUGCAUAAUAUCUUUCGUUUGUGUUCUA